AUGGGAAACAUUAACAAGGCAUCGAAAAAAAGCAAAAUGAAGAAGGGGGUUUCACCCAUUGAUGGUAGCGGUGCCCCUCUGGCUGCAACCAUGUUGGGGGGCGUGAGUGCUGCAGGGGAAGUGGACACAGAGGAGGAAGAGGAAGGAGGCAGCGAGCAGGAAUUUGAUGGGCCUCUGUGUACUCUGGUUCAAAACUGCAACAUGCUGCACAACAUUGUGGGGCCAGCCUGUAUCUUCCUCAGACAAGGCUUCGCACAGAGCCAAAUUGACAGAGAUCUACGGCCAGAGGAAAUGGAAGAACUGCGAGAGGCUUUCAAGGAGUUUGAUAAGGACAAGGAUGGUUUCAUCAGCUGUAAGGACCUAGGCGAAUGCAUGAGGACCAUGGGAUACAUGCCAACAGAGAUGGAGCUUAUAGAGCUCAGCCAGCAGAUUUGUGGAGGCAGAGUUGACUUCGAAGACUUUGUGGAGUUGAUGGGUCCUAAGAUGCUUGCUGAGACAGCAGACAUGAUCGGAGUCAAAGAGCUGAGGGAUGCCUUCAAAGAGUUUGACUCUGAUGGCGAUGGUCAGAUCAGCCUUGGUGAGCUGAGGGAAGCCAUGAAGAAGCUAAUGGGAGAGCAGCUCAACCACCGUGAGAUUGACGAGAUCAUCAGAGACGUAGACCUCAACGGAGACGGACAGGUGGACUUUGAAGAGUUUGUACGAAUGAUGUCUCGCUGA